AUGCACCGCGUAUUGGCAGGCGGCCCUAGCAUCUUGAAGGAGAACGCCAGCGAGGAGAGAGGCGAAAACGCGAGGCUCCAAGCGUUCAUAGGAGCGAUAGCCAUCGGUGACCUCGUGAAGUCCACGCUGGGUCCCAAGGGCAUGGACAAGAUUUUGCAGCCCAUGCCCGGACAAGGCACCCAGGGCCAAGCGACAGUAACGAACGACGGCGCAACCAUCUUGAAGUCCAUCUGGAUCGACAAUCCCGCGGCGAAGAUCCUGGUGGACAUCUCGAAGACCCAGGACGCGGAGUGCGGGGACGGCACCACCUCCGUCGUCGUCCUGGCGGCGGAGAUGCUCCGGAACGCCCAGGUGCUCGUGGAGCAGAAGAUGCACCCCCAGGUCAUCAUCAAGGGCUACCGCCUGGCGCUCGCCACCGCACGGGAGACGCUCGAGGCCAUGGCGCAGGACCACGGGGCCGACCCGGCUGCGUUCCGGGAGGACUUGUUGAAGAUUGCGCGGACGACCUUGAGCUCGAAGCUGCUGAAACACGAGAAGGAUCAUUUUGCGACGCUGGCGGUGGACGCGGUGCUGCGGCUGAAGGGCAAGCCCAACCUGGAUUAUAUCCAGGUCAUCAAGAAGCCAGGAGCGUCUCUGAAGGACUCCUUCUUGGAGGAGGGGUUUAUCCUCGAGAAGAAGAUCUCGGUUGGGCACCCCAAGCUGCUCAACGACUGUAAGAUCCUGGUGGCGAACUGCCAGAUGGACACCGACAAGAUCAAGAUCUACGGUGCCCGCGUCAAAACCGAUUCGUUCGAGGCCGUUGCUGAGAUAGAGAAGGCCGAGAAAGACAAGAUGAAGACGAAGGUGGAGAAGAUCUGCAAGCACGGCUGCAACGUGUUCAUUAACCGUCAGCUCAUCUACAACUAUCCCGACCAGCUGUUCAAGGACAACGGGGUGAUGGCCAUCGAGCACUCGGACUUCGAGGGCAGCGAGCGCCUGGCGGCUGUGCUCGGCGCCGACAUCGUGUCCACUUUCGACAACCCGGAGCAGGUCAAGCUCGGUAGCUGCAAGGAGAUUUCCGAGAUGCUGAUCGGCGAGGACAAGGUGAUCAAGUUCUCUGGCUGCUCGCAGGGCGAGGCCUGCACCAUCAUUCUGCGCGGCGCCUCCACGCACAUCCUGGACGAGGCCGAGCGCUCCCUGCACGACGCGCUGGCCGUGCUGUACCAGACCGUUCAGGAGACUCGCGUCGUGCACGGCGGAGGGUGCUGCGAGAUGGCGAUGUCGAAGGCGAUCAUGGACAAGAUGGGCCAGGUGGAGGGCAAAGAGCAGAUGGCGAUGGAGGCCUUCGGGAAGGCCCUGCAGCAGAUACCGACGAUCCUGGCGGACAACAGCGGCUACGACUCCGCCGAGCUCGUCGGGCAGCUGCGGGCGGCGCACGCUCGGGGCGAGUCAUCGCACGGCCUGGAGUUCACCACCGGCAAGGAGGGAACGCUGGAGCUGCCGCCGAACUUCCUCGGCGCCGUCCCGCUGCCUGCGCUGGUCCGCGAGGCGGGCACCGGCCUCACGGAGCGCGCCAAGGUCGUGCAAAACUUGCAGGCGGCCGCGGCCGCGGCCGCGGGCAGCCCGCUCGGCGCCAGGGACCAGGAGGCGCGCGUGGAGGCCGAGGCCCAGAGGCUGGGCUCGGGGGGCCCCGGGCGCCAGGCCGCCCACGCGCUGGAGGUGGUGCAGCGCUGGCUGGCGCUGCUGCGGAGCGCCCCGCAGCCGCGCUACGCCGAUGCCCCCGCGCCCAGCGACGAGGGCUACGUCCUGGUCGGGGCGGAGGGCUGCGCGGAGCUCACCUUCCUGCAGCUCUUCCUGCGCAGCCGCGCCCUGGAGCUGGCCCUCCACGCCGCGGCCGCCGCGCCGGAGCUGCGCACCAGCCUGCGCGACCACGCGCUGGCCUCGCGGGCGCCGGCGCCCGACGCGGAGGACGGGCCGCCGCCCGCCGCGUUCGCGCGCGCCUUCGUGGAGCUCCUGCGCGAGACCGUCGGGGCGCCCGACGUGUGGCUCGCGCCGCUGGCCGCGCUGCUCAGCUCGGACAGGGCGGCGGCGGACGAGCGGUGCGCGGCGUGGCUGGUGCGGCUCAUCUCGGAGCAGCGGCUCGGGUGGGAGGGCGCGGCAGCCCAGGAGACGGAAAGAGACGUCGAGGCGAUCGAGGAGGCAUCGCGGGGCCUCUCCGCGGCCGCCGACGAGGCGGGCGGGGCUCGCGAGGGCGGCGGGGCGGCGUCGGGGAUCCCCGCCUCGCUGGCGCAGCGUGGCCGCGCGGCGGGCGAGGCCUACCGAUCUUGGGGCCUGAGGCGGUCGCUGGCGGGAGACCUGGGCAGGGCUGCCGCGCGGGAGAGGAAGCGCGCUGAGGCCGCGGCGGCGACCGUGGCAGCCAUUGCGGCGGAAGCUGUGGAGUACGGGGCGGGGCUGGACGCGAGGGCCGCUGGGCAGAGCAGCGAGGCGGAGGGGCUCCGCCACGCGCUGGGAGGCCAGAGGGAGGGCCUGCAGGCCAGGCUGGAGGGCCUGGCCCCAACCUCGCGGCAACUCCGCCGGGACAUCGAGGAGGCCGAGACCACGCAGCGGGAGUUGCUGCGGCAGGUUGGCCAGCUGUCGGAGAAGCUGGAGCAGAUGCGGCGGCAGCGGGCCGAGUGCGACAGGCAGGAGGAGCGCCUGGUCGCUGAGCUGCAGGGCAUAGAGUCCACGCUCGCCCAGCAGCUGGCCUCGGAGGACCAGGCCAGGCAGCAGGUCGACACGGCCCGGGCCCUGGCCUCGACGGUGGCCGACCUGGCGGGCCAGGUCGGCGCGGGCUUCGAGCAGGCGGCCACCUCGGGCGACUCGCCCGCCGCGCGGCUGGCCGCGGCCGCCGAGCGCAACCGCGCCGCCUCGCUGGCCGCCGCCGUGGCCCUCGCCGACCGCGAGGUCGAGCGGCUGGGGGACGUGGCGCGGGCGGUUGGCGCGUGCGUCGCGGUGGCCGAGGAGCGCGAGAGGAGCAGGGAGGCGAUGGCGGCCCUCGGGGUCUCGGCCUUCACGCUGGAGUCGGACGUCGUCGGGGAAGCGAACAUCUCGCAGUCGCUGCAGAGCGCGCUGGACGAGCUGGAGCGCACGCCGCUGGCCGAGCUGGACCGGCUGCGCGAGGAGCUGCUUGCGGCCGACGGAGUGCCGCGGGCGGCGGGCCUCGCGGCGGCGCUGCAGGAGCGGCGGCUGGAGCUCGAGGGUGCGAGGGCGCGGGUGGCCGCCCUGCUGGAGCUCCCAGGCGAGUCGGUGGACGGCUUCCUGCAGAGCGUCGGCAUCGAGGCCGACGCGGCCGUCAGCCUCGGCCCGAGGGGCGCGGGCGGGCGCCCCGUUCAGGCUCCCGUCCCCGCGGACGACCCCUUCCUCCUGAGCGGCGCCGCCGUGGCGGCGGGCGCCGGGUGCCUCGUGGGGUCCAGCUCUGACGCGGCGCCAGCAGGGGCCGUCGCGGAGUGCACGCCGCGGGCCACGCCGGCCGCUGCCGGGGCUGCCGCCGCGGCGGGCGAAGCGCCAGCGUUGCAGGCCCCCGCCGCGGCUGCGCUGGCGCCUCCCGGCGCCGCGGGUGGCGAGGCGACGGCAGUGCCUGCCGCCGCUGCAGCUAGUGAGCCGGUGGACGGCGCUGCGCCAGAGCUUCCCCCUUCCAGGGGUGGCCAGACGGCGGCAGUGUCCCUGUCCGCCGCCGCGGCAGCUGAGCUGCCAGGCGGCGAGGCGCCAGCCAGCGGCAGCGCCGCGACCGCCUCUGACGCCCAGGGAGGCGGAGCGCCGCCCGCCGUCACAGUCGAGGCCUCUCCUGCUGUCGCCGCUGAGCCCCCAGGCGGCGUGGCGUCUCCUGUGGGCGCCGUCAGUGCUGGCGCCGCGCCCACUGCCGCCGCUAAGGAGGGCGUGGCGCCGCCGACCGCCACAGCCGAGGCACCGCUUGAUGUCGCCGCGGAGGUGCCGCCCGCCAGCGCCACCGAGACACCCUGCGCUUCGUCGGCGGCAUCGCCUUCGAGCGGCGGCAACGACGGUGGUGGCCUGAUGUCAUACCACCCGCCAGCGCGUGGGGGCCAUGGCGCAGCGGCUGAUGUCGCUUGA